AUGCUGCUCGCGGCUGCCCUCUCUGUCGUGCGGCCGGCUGCGGUCGCUAGCAGCCGGCAAUCUGUCUCGCGCGGCGGCCGGCCCUCGAUGGCCGCGUCGCGCCUCGAGCAGCUCGCCGCGGUGACCACCCUCUCGAUAGACACCGGAGACCUCGACGUCAUUGCCGAGUACGCAAAGACGGGCAGCAUAACCGACGCGACGACGAACCCGCUGUUUGUGAGCCAGGCGGGCCUCAGCGGCGACGAGCGGUACGUCGCGUUUGUCGACGCGGCCGUGCGCUACGCCAAGGCGAACGCCGACGGCGACGGCGCCGUGCUCGAGCUGGCGAUGGACCGGCUCGCGGUGGAGCUCGGCCUCGAGAUCGUAAAGCUGGUGCCCGGGUACGUGUCCACCGAGGUGGACAUCCGCGAGUCCUUCAACACCGCCGAGUCGCUCCGCCGCGCGCGCCGCAUCAUCGCCAUGUACGAGGCCGAGGGCGUCGACCGCUCGCGCGUGCUG